AUGGCGAAAGACAACGACAACAACGCUCCACCGGCGACCAGCUCCGACUCCAUGAGCUCCGGCAAGGACAACAAGGGAUCGAAGGCCAGCAGCCGUCUGGUCCUCGGCGGCGCUAUUGACAAGGGGAAGGGCGUCCCCAAGGUUGAAGAAGAAGAAGAGGGUUGUAGAUCUAAGGGUAAGAUCAUGACAGCGCCGGUCGUAGCUGCUCGCAGAUCAGGCGGCCGCCGCGGCGACAGAGAACUGCACAUUAUCACGGAGCGCGAAAGGCGGAGGCGGAUGAGCGAGAUGUUCACCAAGCUGCAUGGCCUCCUCCCCACCCUCCCCGACAAGGUUGACAAGUCGAGCAUAGUGAUGGAAGCCAUACACUACAUCAAGAGCCUGGAGGGCACGGUGAGCGAGCUGGAGAAGCAAAAGCUAGAGAGGGAUUUCGCACGAGGCAAUCCCGCCGACGCAGCCAAUGGCGGGGUCUCCUCUUCAGUGGCAGCGGCCAUGCCUAUGGCCAUGGCGACGCCGGUGACAGGGGCGUCGGCUGGCGGGAUCUGGCACACUGGGGCCGCGCCAGCGCCAUCCAUGUCUUUGGUGGGCGCGGUGACCGCGGCGCCGGCACCGGUGCCGCUCCAGACGUGGUCAGGGCCGAACGUCGUCCUGAGCCUGUCCGGCAACAACGCGUACAUCCACAUGUCCGUGGGGCGGCGUCCAGGCGUUCUCACCAUGGUGACGGCCGUGCUGGAGAAGCAUGGUAUCGACGUGGUCACGACGGGGAUCUCGUCUGACCAUUCCCAGUGCAUGUACACCAUCCAAGCUCGUAUAAAUGGAAUGAGGAACCAGUUCGGAGAUAAUGUGGCGUCUGACGACAUAUAUAAGCUGGCGGUGUCAGAGAUAAUGGUUUGGCUCUCUGAAUAA